CUAUAUGUACAGAAUAUGGAGCAGAGGACUUCACCAUACUUCGAGAUGGACUGGCCAUCAUAAGCACCGGCUUGAAAUAUCCUGGAAUGCCCUCCUUCUCUGAUGACCCAGGGAAGAUCUAUACCCUGGACCUGUUGGACCCCAGACUCAUCCCUGUGGAGCUGACAAUCAAAGGAGACCUGGACCAGGACUCCUUCAACCCCCAUGGAAUCAGUGUCUACAUUGACGAGACAGAUAAAACCAUCCAUCUGUUUGUUGUCAAUCACCCUCAACAUUACACGAGCCAGGUAGAGAUCUUUCUAUUUGUCGAAGAGGACAACACCAUUGUGCACCUGAAAACUAUAAAGCAUGAUCUCCUUCAUAGUGUGAAUGACAUUGUGGCUGUGGGAGUGGAGAGCUUCUAUGCCACCAACGAUCACUCCUAUCCCAGUGCAGUGCUACACAUGCUGGCUGUGAUCCUGGGUCUACCCUGGGCUGACGUGGUUUACUACAGCCCUGGAGGAGUGAAGGCAGUGGGCCAUGGCUUCCUAUCUGCAAACGGCAUCAACAUGUCACCCGACAAAAGGUAUCUAUACGUGUCUGCUAUUUUGGACCAUGAGAUUGCUGUUUUUGAGAUAAAGAAAAAUAAAGACUUGGUACAUGUCAAGUCUGUAGCCGUUGGGUCUCUCUGUGACAACAUCGAGGUGGACCAUGUAACAGGUGACAUUUGGCUGGGUUGUCACCCUAAUGGAGCAAAGGUAGCAGUAUAUGACCCUGAGGAUCUACCUGGAUCUGAGGUCAUUAGGAUUCAGGACAUCCACUAUGAGAAGCCAGUGGUGACUCAGGUCUAUGCUGAUGAUGGCAGUGUGCUCAUAGGAUCCUCUGUAGCAGCUCCCUAUGAAGGAAAGCUUCUCAUAGGAACAGUCUACCACAAAGCCCUGGUCUGUGAUCUGAAGUAGCCAAUAAUUCCUUCCAGACAUCUGAUUUCCAAAGUCUGUGUGUGUAUAUAUAGAUGCAGUAAUGACACUCAAACUGUAUUGUACUCAAAGUCUAUGUGUGUAUAUAUAGAUGCAGUAAUGACACUCAAACUGUAUUGUACUCAAAGUCUAUGUGUGUAUAUAUAGAUGCAGUAAUGACACUCAAACUGUAUUGUACUCAAAGUCUAUGUGUGUAUAUAUAGAUGCAGUAAUGACACUCAAACUGUAUUGUAGUCAAAGUCUGUGUGUGUAUAUAUAGAUGCCGUAAUGACACUCAAACUGUAUUGUAGUCAAAGUCUGUGUGUGUAUAUAUAGAUGCAGUAAUGACACUCAAACUGUAUUGUACUCAAAGUCUGUGCUUGUCUGGUGUAAUAUGAUUGAAAAGUAUAAAUAUUCCGCAUGGUUGCCACAAUAUAACACUGUAAUUACAAUUGUAAUUAUGUUAAAUGAUAAGAGGCCGUCUGGGCUCUUUUAAGUUCCUUAGUACUCAAUAGUGUCUGUUCCAGGUGCGUAGGAGUCAAAAUAAGAAUACUGGAAAAGAUGAGAGACCUGCACACUGUCGAAAAUGGUGGACUAUUUGUAUUGAUUAAACAGUUAUAUUUCA